GAACUAGGUAUACUUCUUGGAUGCUUUCCCGGGCCAGCGUCAGCACAGUAGGAGCUCGUCGUUUACAACCAUGGCGAGCAUAUGCGACACUAGACCAGCUACCUCAAAGUGCGGCGCAAGAAACGCAGACACGCUCACCGCGUACUUUUCGCAAGUCAAGGACUUUUACUCCCAAGCACAUUGACCAUGUUUCUGUGGAAAACGACAGUGGUAAUGCAACCCACACGAUUUUUGUUCGCUCGGUAGAUGGAAUAUUAGGUUUAUCUGAUGCCUACUCUAUCAUUCGCGGUAUAGAACGUAGAUAUGGCCCACUACGAGAAUACCGUUUUCUACGUGAUACCGAGAUAAGUUCUAUGUAUCAAUCAAUCCUUUGGGCCAGCUUCACCUCGACGAAAUCAUUUGACUCUGUACCCUCUUCGGGUGAAGUCCUACGUAUUCCGGUGCCAGAAGUGGAUUCAAGGAAGGAAGGAGGGCAGGGGCUGGAAGACUUGCAGGGUCUUUUCGAACCCCAAGUUAGGACGGUUGAAAAUGAUCGGGGUGCUCCGGCUUUCCAAGAUUCCUACAGCAAAGCUCAAGAACCAGAAGCAUCCAGGUUUUUGAGGGUCAAGGUAGAGCGCGCAGCAAAAGAUGAGCCGUUUAGGAGCGAAUUAUACCAGAGGGAUGUGCGGAGGGAUCAGAAACUCGCUGUUGGCCAUGCAUUCAUGGAAUGGGGAGGUUUUCAUCCUCUGAAACCAUUAUAUACGUCAUCGCCAUUCAGUACUCCGACUGAAGAGCAAUCUGGUCAACCUGACAACGCAAGCAUGCGAAUUGCACUCAACAAAUGGAGUCAGAUCACUGGGCGCCCAGACCCUUCUUUUGUGGAUACGUCCAAGCCCGAACAGGACGAUAAGCUUGAGGACUCUGCUGCAGAUGUGCGAGCAUCAGAGAAGGCUGACUUACCGACCACGGAACCUUCUGAAACGCCCAUGGACGCAGAAGCUAGUCAGCCCGACACCCAGACACAACGAGCACGUCCUUCCAGGGUAAAGAAGGCCAAGCCACUGCCACUCGAAUGGGAACCAUUGUCCGAACCGAAGCCGAGUACCUCUACUGCCAGGAAUGCUAAAGCUGUAGAAAAAUCUGAUGAGAAAACAGCAUCACCGCCACAGUCCCGCCGCGAGCGUAUAUUGGCUCAAGUCCGCGAUAAAGCUCGUGCCGACGCCCAUAAAGCUAUUAUCCUUCGCACUUUAGAAGAAGAAUACCAGGUGGAAAACCGUAAGUGGGAAGAAAAACAACGUUCCAGAGUUCGCUCGCAAAAGAGUGCGGUUAACAGCGAGACUGCGACACCGAGCAUCGCGAGACUUGAUGGUGCAGGGAAGGAAGGGGACGUAGAGGAAAAGAAGGAGACAAAGGCAGAGGGUCCACGACCAGACUCAGAGGAGAAGGAACGAUUCUGGAAGAUUUUUGGGAAGUGGUUCUAGAGUUCAUCCCCAUUAUUACUCUCUUGGUGCUAUCGAUCCCCGUUAACUUACUGUCUGCGAUUUGUGUGUGGUUUUUAGCAUACUGUUACAGGGCAAUUUACAUUCGCCCUAACUGUUCUCAUAACGAAUGAUUAUGCAUCGAUUAUGGCCUCAUGGUCUG